AUUAUUGCUUGUAUUCAAGCCAAACUGCGACCGGAGGGUGCUAUUUGCUUCCGUGGAUCGAGCAAUAAUUGGCUUGCUCCACGCUAUCGUCCACGUUGAGCUUUCAACAGUAAAACACGUGUGAUGCACUGAACCUGCAAGCUACCCGCUUGCGGAACCCCAAAUGACUUCCAUCAGAAAGUCGCAGCCAGCACACAUGCACCGAUAGCUUCCGCGUGUGUAGGUCAUCCAUAUAAAACGGCUGGCUGCUAGGAACCGCGCGUGCCAUGGCGGCAGCGUCAGCAGGCCGGCGGUGGGAGCGCCUGCGCGCCUGGGCGUCAGCAGCCGGCUCGCACACGGCGGUCUUCCUGCACACCCUUUCAUGCUUCUACGUGGUGUCCCGCUACGGCGUCUUUCUGUCCAAGGUGACGGGGCCCUCCAUGUUCCCCACUUUUGGCGGCCGUGGCGACUUCGUGAUCGCGGAGGCGGUUACGCCCAUCUGGGGACAGCUGCAUCAGGGCGAUGUGGUGAUCUGCACCCGGCCGGUGGAUCCGGCAGAGUCCAUCAUCAAGCGGGUGGUGGCCAUGGAGGGUGAGGAGGUGGUUCUGUAUCCGGACCGGGAGCACAACGAGGUGCGCCGCAUCAAGGUGCCUCCCGGGCACGUGUGGAUCCAGGGCGACAACCUGACCCAUUCCCUGGACAGCCGCCAGUACGGACCCGUGCCGCUGGCCAUGGUGCGCGGCAGAGUGCUGCUGCAGGUGUGGCCGCGGCUGCAGUGGGUGGACAACAGCCUGGACGCAGUGCGCAAGUUCUGAAGGCACCACCGCUGGGUCUGGUCUGGUCUGGCCCUGGUCUGGUCUGGCCCUGGUCUGGUCUGGCCCUGGUCAGCGGCAGGCGGCGAUGCCGCGGGCAAUGACCGCGUAUGUGGGAUGGGGUGGGGGUAGCGCCUCAGCCGCCGCAGCCGCUGCAGCGGCUCAGCCGCCUCGGCGCCUCGCCGCAGGGGUGUCGUGCCGCCCCGGGCCUCAUGGCGCCGCCCCGUGGGCCUCAUGGCACGGCACGCGGGUGCCAAGAGGGGAUGUAGGCACGUGGUGCGCGGGGGCCGGGGUCGGGGUGAGGCCCUGCAGGGGGCCAGACCCGGUGCACCGCUGCUGAGCAGGUGGCUGUGGAUGAUUGAAGCCCUGGAUGAUUGAAGCCCUGGCACUGAGCGAGUGAGCGCUGGCUGGCGCCGCGGCCGCGACCCCGCAAUUGCCUCAGGGCGUGGUCAUGCUGAAGGUGCUAUCAGUGAAGCCAUGCCGCCAUCAUACCAUGCGGUAGUUUGAGAAAUGUCCCUGGUCUGACUGCCCCUUCCUGUCAUGUCGCUGUACUUGUUUUCGGUGUACAUGCAAGGGUGCAGACACCUUGAGCAUCUCUGAAUUCCUGGUACCAGCAAGAGCAGAGGGAAAAGCUCAAUCCUGAGUGUGAUGGCUGUAAUCCCGGUCACCAUCAUACCCCACAUCGGUCCGUGGCCACCGCCUCACGGGCCCCAGGACUGAGUUCCCCCCUGAGUGCCCAUCUCCCUGUCGAGAAUGUUGAAUCAAGUUACAAGUGUCCGUAGUGAUCAUGCACCGGUAGGCGCAUGGAGCAGGAAUGAUGAGAGCGGGAAUGGAGGAGUGGAGUGCUGGAAGGACUGAAGGAUAUGCCCGUGCCGGCCCUGUAUGGCUGUAUGAACAAGGAGGAAGGUGCCGUCAUAGAUAACGUAUGCAGCUUUGGAACAUGCUUUCCACUGGACUCAACGGUGGGCGGGGCUUGGGAUCGGUGUCGUGCCUGGGAGUCGGAUGGCACAGGCAGGCAGGCGCUGGCAGGCGCGAUGGUGGGUGCAUGCGUGCACACAGACAUGCGCGACUGCACAGUCUAGUUGGCCUCCGUCAUCCCAAAAUCUUAAUUGAUUUGUAAGCGCAUAAUUAU